GAUGAAGAGCAUGGAAAAUGACGCACAUCCUCCGUCGAUGUUCCUGCAUUAGCAUUUGCUUUUUUUAAAAAAAAUUGGCGUUAUUAUUUCCUCAGUUACUGAAUCUUGUUUUGCCACAACAGUAGAUGCGACACCGAUUCAAUAUUUUGGAUCUGCAGAAUGUCCAAGAUCAGGCGGAAGGUUACAGUGGAGAAUUCAAAAACGAUAUCUGACAGCAGCAGCACCACCGCAUCCAGCAGCACCAGCAACCCUGCCGCCCCCUCGCGCCGACCCAGCGUGUUUGAACGACUUGGCCCGAGCACUGGGAGUAAUGCUGCUGAUAGUCACUGCAGAAAUUGGCUGAAGACGGGGAACUGCAGUUACGGCAACACUUGUCGCUACACACAUGGAAGUCAACCACGAGGCAAAGGAUUUAACUUCAGCCGGUCAGCGGAGAGACCCACCGGCGAUCUGCGGGAGAGGAUGAAGAACAAAAGACAAGAUAAUGACCCAGAAAGCGUGAAGCGAGACUUGGACGAGCCUGCAUCUCCCACAGGAAGACAGAGAGACUCCUCCCGAGGCCGACAUAGAGAGAAGGAGGGUAUCAAAAUUACAAAGGAGCGUACCCCAGCCAGUGAGGAAGAGCCCCCAGAGUGGGAGACAACUCGUGAGGAUUCAGAUAUUGGUGACUAUGACUACGAGUUGUCCCUUGAGAUGAAACGUCAGAAGAUUCAACGUGAGCUGAUGAAGCUGGAGCAGGAGAAUUUGGACAAGAGGGAAGAGAUGGUCGUGAAGAAAGACGAGACCUCCACCAAAACAAGAUCUACGGCCGUUCAAAAAGCCUCCCCUGAGCAGUUAUCCUCGCGAGACUCCCCUUCAACCAGGAAGUCCAGUGGCUCCCCAAAACACAAAAGUGGAGUUAAAGGCUCUGGGAAGAAAGAGAAGAAGGCAUUAGCAUCCUCGCCUAUCGCAGAAACUGCCAAAUCGAAAGGAUCUCACAGUAAGAAGAAAGGGCCUCGUACCCCCAGUCCUCCCCCUCCAGUACCUCUGGACAUCCCCGUGGUUGGGAAGAAGCACAAAGGCAAGCACAAAAACAAAGAGAAGGGCGAGGAGAAGCAGAAGGAGGGGAAAGACAGGGGACGGGAUGCAGAAAAACACAAAGGACAAAACAAAAAGGAAAAGCACAGGGAUCGAUCAGACAGUUCCCAUAAGACCAAGCGCUUGAUGACAUCAGAGGAGCGAUCCGGUAGUGUGUCGCCCCCCACCAGGAAGAAGUCUAUUUCCCCCAAAGCUGCUUCACAUAAGGCCACCCUGCUGGUGUCUCCGCCUCGCAGAUCUCCAUCUCCUCAACGCCACCAGCGCACGCCCACUCCGCCCCACCGGCGCUCUCCUUCCUCUCGCUCCGACUCCUCCCCGCAGCGGCAUUCGACCUCACCUCGCCGUAGGCGCUCGUCCUCCCCGGCCUACCACCGCAGCGGCGCCGCUGUGGCCUCUUCGCCGCCAAGGUCCCAGCGGUCACGAUCUCCGGCCGUUUCCCACGAUGCGUCCUCGCCGCACCGGCGCUCUGAUAGAUCAAGCCCUGCUCGGCGCCACUCGAGAGGCCGGGAGAGAAGCCGCGGCGACAGAGAGAGGAGUCCGCACACUCAGGAGCGCCGACGUGAGCGCAGAGAUGACAGCCGAAGCAAGCGAGAGAAGGACAAUAACCGCGACGAUAGGGACUACGACACGGAGCAGGUCCUGUCUCGGGAUAGCCGUGAUGACCGAGACUCCAGGGAAGCCCGAGAGCGACGGGAUGGUCGAGCACGGGACACAGCCAGAGAGCUUCGUGACCGCAGAGAUGUGAAGGAGACGCGAGAGAGCAGGACAGAAACCCGCUGCAGUCGAGAGUCCCUUGAGCGUCGGGAUCGUGAGCGAGAGCGUGAAAAGGACAGGGAUAGGGAGAGAGAGCGGGAAAAGGAGAGGGAGAGGAUGGACACCCUCAGGAAGGAGGAAGCGGCCCAGGAUGACAGGAGUUACGGGAGAUCUCAUGGACGUGAAGAAGGAGGAAGGGAUGUGCGAGCUGAGACCAGAACAGAGCGAAACGGACGAGGGAGGGGACGUGAAAUACCUGACAAAGGCUCAAACAGGAACUCUCGAGGGUCUCAGAUGGACAGCAGCCAUGAAAACUGGGAGUCUCGAAGCGGCGGUGCACGUGAACGGAGCAUAGAGAGGAGCAAUGCCUCAGAGCGAGACCGCUACGAUGGCGACAAGAGAGGAGAGCAGGGCCGAGACUCUUCGUAUGACAGGAGAGGCGGCCACAGUGAAAGAGACCGCAGAGAUAAUCGCGACAGAGAUCAAAGAGCGGCUUCCCCAAAUAGACACCAGAGAAGAUCGGAGGAGUCCGAGAGGGACGACAGAAGGGAUGAGCGCAGGGCAGAUCGAGGAGACGAGAGGCGGGAGGACAGGACCAGAGACCGUGAGAGAGACAGGGAGCGAGAGCGGGAACGGGAGAAAGACAGGGAGCGGGAGAGGGAAAAGGAGCGGGAAAAGGAGAGGGAGGCUGAGCGGGAGCGUGCCAGGGAGAGGGAGAGAGACAGGGAGCGGGAGCGGGAGAGAGAGGAGCGAGAACGGGAGAGAGAGGAGCGCGAGAGGGAGAGGAAGGAGCGGGAACGGGAGAGAGAGCAGCGAGAGCGAGAGAGGCAGCGGGAAUGGGAGGAGCGAGAGAGAGGGAGGGACGAAAGGCGAGAGAGGAGAGAAGAUGCCCGAGAUGACCGUGCCAUUCGAGAAACACGGGACGAUCGCAAAACAAGCCGCAAGCGACACAGGUUGGAGAGCAGCCCGAGCCCCCGACCUUCACCCAAGCGGGGGACGCGUGACGUCAGUCCUGCAGACAGUGACGGCUACAUCAGCGCAGAUGAGAAAAGUGAGCGUCCAAUAGGCCGAGGACUGGCCAAGCUCCACCCACAGCCCCUCCUCCCCAGCCCCGUGUGUCCGCCUCCGAGUGACAGUGCAGACAAGCAUCGCCUUUUGAGCCAGGUGGUGCGGCCCCAGGAGCCCCCGUUGCGCUCCCCAUUGAGGGCUACAGCGCCCGAUGACAAGCCUGGCCACUGGAAGGAUGAGGAGCGCAGAGGAGCAGCAGACAAGAGGGAACUGCGCAGUCGCCACGAGGACCAGGAGGUCCGAGGCGAGCGCAGCAGGGGAGGUGACCGACGAGGGGAUCAGCUGCCAGACACACACUCAGACGCUCGUAGCCGAGGCAGGGACCUGCGAAACCCCACACCGCCUCCUGUUUCUGUAGCUCCUGGUGCCGACAGCGAAGACAGAGAUGUCGCCGGGUCACAACCCCAAGAGGAUAGUAAGAAGAAGACCAAAUCACUGAGGAAGGGCUUGAAGAAAGGGCGCAAAGAUGAAAGUGAGGUGGCUGGUGGCAAAAGCCUGACUGAGCCCCCGACUGGCGCUAUGACAGGUGGGCCCCCAUCUCUACAUUCACCAAGAAAAGGAGCAAAGAAGAAGGUACUUGAGCGCAAAAGAAAACGGUCACAUGGAGAUUCUGAUGUAUCUGAGGAGGAUUCUUCAGCGCACCAACCCCAUAAUAAGAGGAAGAGAGGACCUCGGACACCGCCGCCAUCAUUGAGACCGGGUCACCGUGGCACUGGAGCCAAUGCCGAGCCCUCUCCACAGUCCAAAACGGACAACUUCAGUGACUGGUCAGAUGAGGAGGUCUCAGAUCGAGGUCAGCUGGACUCUGCUGUUGCUGAGCAAGCUCCAACUGAGCCUCCUCGGAGAGGUUGUGGCCCCAGGAUGGGCCGGGAAAGGGAGAGACGCAACCCCCUACCCAUCGCCCCUCUGCUUCUGCAGGACCCUCCCAUGAUGCUGCAGACAUUAACGCCACAGCCUCUGAUGUCCCAGCCCCUUCUCCGCAAACCUCUCCCAGAGCAGACGCGCAGCAGCAGCAUGGGAAGCAAUCAGAGCCGCACGUCAUCCAGACGACCACGGUCCCCCUCCAGUGAGUCGGCCCACCGUGAUGACCUUCAAGGACCACGGUCCCGCAGGGGCCGCCUUCAGGGGAGUGGCGCACAUGACCGUGAAAGGGAGCGAGAAAGAGAAAGGUUGGCACUGAGUGACCCACCAGGAGCUGAGAGGAAAUCACGAAUCGACCAAUUGAGGAGAGCCGAGCCUAGCCGCAGUACCUCCUCAGACCGCCAGGAUUCCCGCAGCCACAGCUCCAGGCGUAGCUCCCCCGACUCUGAGAGGCAGGCCAGGUCCCAGUCCCGCGCCGGCUCCUACGACAGUCGAGAGCGGGAACGCGACAGGGAGCAAUUUGACCGUGAACGCGACCGAAAAGACGUCCGGCAACAGCAGCCAGGCCUGAUACUCCAGCAGCCUCUUCAACAGCAGAGAGACUGGGAUCCCGAAUCCAGGGAGUGGCCUAGUAGGGGACGAGAGCCCCUGCUCAUGCGUCCCAGCCGGGAACCUCUUCUGAGGGAGAGGGACAUCCGGGACAGGGAGCGCUUACUCCCUGAGGGACUCAUUCAGCAGCAUGAGCGAGAACGCGAGAGAGAGCGUGACAGAGAAAGGGAGAGAUUGAUGAUGCUGGCCUCUCCCUCCCACUCUGACACCAGAGCUGCGGCGCGAGGUGACCUGAUAAGACAAGACAGAGGUGACUAUGAGCCCCUCCUUCCAAGAGAAGCCUUCAGCCCGCCAGAACCUGAGAAACCCAGCAACAGUCACCACGUGGCGGGCGAGCAGCCAGAGAUGGAGAGAAUAGACAGCAUUGACGGAGAGGAUGACGGGAAAGAAGAUGACAGCCAGUCAGUGGCAUCUGUUGGAGAAGAGUAUGAACCAAUCAGUGAUGAUGAGCUUGAUGAAAUUCUGGCUGACAGUCAGAAAAAGGAAGAGCAGCAGGAUGAGGAGAAAAUUGCAGGCCCUCUGGAUGUCAUCGAUGUGGACUGGUCUAGCCUGAUGCCCAGACAGAAACAGGAACCCAGAGCCGCCGGGGCAGCACUGCUGCGCUUCACCCCAGGGGCUGUUCUCCUGAGGGCAGGUGUCUCCAAGCGACUUGCUGGGCCUCAGCUCUUGGAGAAGGUGAAAGAAGUAUGCAAAGCAGAGCUAGAUGACCCUAAAGAUGCCGACAAGCUGUUUGAGCACGACCUCGGAGCCUUAAACAUGGCCGCCCUGAACAGACGUGUAGAAAGGGCGGGUCUACUCAGCAACCUGGGGCCCUGCUGCAAGGCUCUGUGUGCCCGUAGGGAUUUGGCCAUCCGCAGAGAGCUGUUAAAAAAUGACAAGGGCCUCACCAAGCAGUAUCCCAUGAACCCCGUGGUGGACAGUGAGCUGCUACAAAUGAGCAUGCGUCUUUUUAGGAAAACUGUGGCUGGUCCGGAAAGGUCAGACGGUGGGUCAGAUCCAGCUCCUGAACUGAGCUUGCCAGCGCCGCCCAUUGCGGCACAGCCAGAAGUUUGCGUGUCCUGAGAUGAACAAUGGGGUUUUAGGAGGGAAACACAUGAACAUAAUUGCUUGUGAGCCCCAACGUCUCCCUAAUGGUCGCAUUUGGUCACAUACGCCAUGUUUUAGUAGGAAAUGAACGCAUAAAAAAUGUGAAUCAUUAUUAACGUUUAAAAUGUUUUGCACGUUUUCUGUGCCAUAGAAUACUGGACCUUCGAGCCUGGAGGAAGGCUUGUCAUUAACUUGGUACAAGAAAUGUUAACACAUCUUUAAAAAAAAAAAAAAAAAAAAAAAAUCACACAAGCUUUUUAGUGCUUUUUAAAGCCUGUUUUGAGUUUUAUUGUCAGUGUCACCUGCCUUAAGUCAGUGUCAUGUUUGCAUACAUUGUGCAUUUCUUACAGAAAGUGGUGCAGGCAGCAGGUGUUUGAGCCAGAUUUCCACAGGAGGAAAAAAAAAAAAAAAACGCAUCUUACAUGUUGAAGAUGACAAAUGUCAAAAUGCAGCCUUCAAAAUUAGGCAACACAUCUCAGCAUUUAAAGGCUAUAUUUUUUCUUAUUUGACAUUGCAAACAUUUCUUUUGAAUGACAAAUACAAUGGAACCGAACACACAAUGCCGCAGUGAAAAAUCAUAAACUGGUUCAAAAAAAUGUAUUUUCCUAGAUAUUUUUAUAACAAUUUUGAUUCAUCUGGACUAUGAAAGGCCGUGUGCAUCACCACAAGUUAAAGCUGCGCUUUAAACUUACUUGCUUACCUUUUAUUUGUGGGUCUUUCUUGGUAUGACAUUUCAGCCUUCAAAUGUGACACGGGUGAUGUCUUACCUGCAGCAACUCCUAAUCAAUUCUUCUAUGCAGGUACAGUCCAGCUCCUCUGAAAUGUUUUGCAGGAUGUGAGCCAUGUUGCUCAUGGUUCUUCUUGUAUUGUAUUUUCAGUAUUGAGUACUGUCUUUUUUUGUUUUGGUUUUGCUCUGGCAGUACCGCAAGUCCCUGCAAUGCACUGAGAUGAAGUGUGAGCUUAUACUGUUGAACGCGGAGUAGCACCGACGCACUGAAACCCUCAUCAGUCCUCACCAUCCAGGAAGAGACACUAGAAUGCUUAGCUAAACCAGACCGAAAAGCUCCUCCGUGAGAACUCGACAUGUUUUCUGUGUUCUCACGGUUGACCAUCCAUUGACAAUAAAAAUAAGAAUAAUUAAAAAAAGACUUAUAUAGCUGGACAAAUGGACCUUGCGUUUUUUUCUCAGAGUCAACUAUCAGUUAGUGCUACAGCUGAAGUCCAUUGCACCAGCUUCAGUAUUGCCUCCCUCCCGGCAGUCUGACAGAACAAUAACUUUUGUCUUGGAUUCCACAUGAUAAACUUAGACAGACUUCAUUGAUCCAUAAGGGAAUUUGCUUGGUUGCAGUAGCUCAAAAGGAAAGACACUCAAAAUGCAAUAUGAACAAAAUGUAAUCAAAUAGAAUAUAAGAAACAGGAUUUAAAUAUUUAUGAUGGCAGUUUAUAUAUAUAUAGAUAGAUAGAUAUAUACUGCUCAAAAAAAAUGAGAGGAACACUUUGAAAACACAUCAGAUCUAAACUGGGGGAAAAAUGAUGUUGAAUAUGUUUCCUGAUAAUAAGUGGGUGAUGUAUUAGUAACAAAAUGAUGCCACAUCAUUUGAUAGAAAUGAAAGUGAUCACCCUAUAGAGGGGGGAAAUCAAAGACACCCCAAAAAUGAAAGUGGAAAAAAUGAUGCAGCACACUGGUCCAUUUUGCUAAAAUGUCAUUGUAGCAACUCAAAAUGAUUCUCAGUAGUUUGUGUGGCCCCCACGUGCUUGUACGCAUGCCUGACAACGUGGGGGCAUGCUCCUAAUGAGACUACGGAUGGUGUCCUGGGGGAUCUCCUCCCAGAUCUGGACCAGGGCAUCAGUCUGAGGAGCAACCUGGCGUCGCCAGAUGGACCUAAACAUAAUGUCCCAGAGGUGUUCUAUUGGGUUUAGGUCAGGUGAACGUGGGGGCCAGUCAAUGGUAUCAAUUCCUUCAUCCUCCAGGAACUACCUGCAUACACUAGCCACAUGAGGUCGGGCAUUGUCGUGGACCAGGAGGAACCCAGGUCCCACUGCACCAGCGUAGGUUCUGACAAUGGGUCCAAGGAUUUCAUCCCGAUACCUAAUAGCAGUCAGGGUGCCGUUAUCUAACCUGUAGAGGUCUGUGCGUCCUUCCAGGGAUAUGCCUCCCCAGACCAUCACUGACCCACCACCAAAGCGGUCAUGCUGAAUGAUGUUGCAGGCAGCAUAACGUUCUCCACGGCAUCUCCAGACCCUUUCACGUCUGUCGCAUGUGCUCAGGUUGAACUUGCUCUCAUCAGUGAAGAGCACAGGGCACCAGUGGUGUAGUUGCCAAUUCUGGUGGUCUAUGGCAAAUGCCAAUGGAGCUCUACGGUGCUGGGCAGUGAGCACAGGGCCCACUACAGGACGUCGGGCCCCCAGGCCACCCUCAUGGAUCCUGUUUCUGAUUGUUUGGUCAGAAACAUUCACACCAGUGGCCUGCUGGAGGUCAUUUUGUAGGGCUCUGGCAGUGCUCAUCCUGU